GUACUAGUCGUCAACUUGUACCUCGUGACAGAUCGAGCCUCAUCUACAAUUUCCAGUGGCUCGCUCAAUGUCACGUUGCAUGGCAAAGAGCAAGUGACGUUGAAGCAAGCUCAAGUGUCGGAUGAUAUUCUUCAGCGCAAGAUCUCCAGAGUCACAUUGGCGUUGGAUAACGAUACUGCAAUCGAAUCCAUUAAGGUCGAAGCUGCGGCGAGCACGUCGCUCCGGAUCUUUGAAGUACAAGCCACGCUAAACGAUCUACCCACCACGAUAUUUUCUCCUCCAUCACCUGGAACGAUUUCUUUCGUCAGCAGUGGGGAGACAGCGAGUAAUGGGGUCGUGUCGCUACUGUUUGUGCCGGUGACGGAGUACUUUGACAGUCAGUGA